GGGACCUCCAAAUCCCGAUGUAUUUGAUAAGUAACUACAUGUACUCAUGUUACACAUAGUUUCUCCUCCAGGGUUAUACCUGGAGAGGAUUCCAGGAGAAAUGCAUUACAUGUAAUUCUAAUAAUUAUUCUACUUCACAUAUUACUAGAGUCUAGUACCUAGUAUAACUACAACUAAAAUACGCCGGCUUUCCACUCGCCAACGCUAUCUAGUCCUUAGACACAUCAAAUUGCAUCAAUAGGCCAAUUGAUUAAAAUCUUGAACUUAUAAUAACUACCUAACCUAGUACAUAAUAACUUAUUAUUAGUAUUAUAACCUCCAUAUCUGGAUUCUGUGCAGCAGUCAUGUCUGAAGAGACCCGUCAGACCCCUGUACCCGUUCCCUACAUCUACGGGCAGCCCGCGCCCCCAGCGUCGUCGAACCCAGCAACACCAGCACCAGCGACCGUCGAGCAGUCAACCGAGGCCGCUUCCGCGACUACUACCACCACUAUUGCUGCUCCCGUUCCCACUUCUACUCCCGCUCUUAGCACAGAGCAAGCAUCUUCACCCGCUCCUGCCCCCGGCGCUCAAAUAACGUCGUCAACCUCCACACCUUCCAACGCGCCUAGCCCAGCACCCACGAGCGCACCAUCCAACAACAACACAACCACAACUACGAACACCACCACCACCACCACCGGGCCCACCAGCACCCCCCUCCGCACAACCACAGAAGCCCCGACAAUGUCCACCUCCUCCCGCGCCGCGUCCCAGCACCCCGAACCCACCGCCACCACCACCACCACCGCAGCAACCGCUGGUGGUGGCAGCGGCGGCUUCACAAUGCCGACCGAGGCGCCCCCCCACGGCGCCCCCGUGCGCCAGUACCUGAACACCAAUGUCACGGGCCCGCUGCUCGAGGGCAUGAAGAUGAUCGCGCGGGACCGCCCCGCCGAUCCUCUACGAGUCCUAGGGGAGUACCUACUCCAGCGCGCCAAAGAGCUCGAGGCGUCCUCGACGACAACAACGACGACGUAAAGCGUCAAGGGUCAAGGGUCCAGGGCCAAGGAAGGGCGGCGGAUAGCAUCGUUAUGGAGUUCUGGUCACGGAAAAAAACGAGAUAGCUGUGUUUAGCAUUGCAUGACAGUUGCAAUGGUCCUUUUUUUUUCUUCUUACGCUAUUAUGAUACCACUAUUGCUUUACGGGGGUGGAUAAUUUUCUAAGGGGAGAGGAAUUUUACGGAUUGUCAAGACAUAAACUUGAGGGGCACUGCGCAUGGUAGCACUUCAGCACAUGACAAAAUUCGAUAU